CCACAAAUUUUUAACUAUUCUUUCGUAUCUGCAUCUGCUGUCAAAAAUUUUCCUACAAUUAAUUUUCCGCAUCGCUUUGUAAAGGAGUUUUCGACUUCAAAAAGUAUGCGAAUACUUGAAUAUAAGGACAUAAAAAAAUUACUAAAGCAUCCAGAAAAAGUAUUAAUUGAUGUUCGCGAAGCCAAUGAAAUACGUGAAACUGGACAAAUACCGACUAGCAUAAAUAUACCUUUAGAUAUUGUCGCUCAAGUAUUGCAUCCAGAUUUCGAUAAAAAUAAAUUUAAAACUAAGUAUGAUCGGGACAAACCACACCUUGAUACGGAAAUAGUUCUUUACUGUCGACGCGGUAAACGAUCCCAAAAUGCUGCCGAAAUACUCCAAAAACUCGGUUAUCGAAAUGUAAAAGUGUAUUUAGGCUCAUGGGAUGAUUGGUCUAAAAGGGAGUGA